CCCUGAAGGACCCCUGCUCAGAGGUGACCUGCAGCUACGGCAGCACUUGCGUCCAGUCGUCAGACGGCUUGUCGGCCAAAUGCAUGUGCCCCCUCGGCUGCGACGGCAAGGCCGAGAAGACGGUGUGCGGCAGCGACGGAAGGGACUACCGCAACGAGUGUGCGCUCCACCAGCACGCCUGCAAAAGCCAGAAGAACAUACGUGUGCAAUAUCAGGGCCACUGCGACCCCUGCCGGGACAAAGAAAACGACCUGAACGUGGUGUGUCGAGUGGAGGCGGUCACCCGGCAGCCCCUUGUGUUUGGUCCACCCAACUCCUGCCCGCCUGGAAACGGGCCUCUGUGCGCCAGCGACGGUCAGACCUACACGAGCGAGUGUGUCAUGUCGGCGACGGGCAUUCAGAAAGACGUCAAGCUGAAAAAGAUCCACGAUGGACCGUGCAGAAGAAAAGAGUUCUGUAAAGAAGAGUGCCUGUUUAAUUCUGUGUGUCUGGUGGAGGAGCUGGGCUCCCGCUGCUCCUGUGAUCCCAUCGAUUGUGACGGCAGCUACAAGCCCAUCUGUGGAAAGGACGGCCGCAGCUAUAACAACGACUGUUGGCGACGCAAGGAAGAGUGUUUGAGCAAAAGUCUCAUCCCCGUCAAGCACCCGGGUCCUUGUGAUCUCAACGCUCCGAGCCCGUGCCUGAACAGGAGCUGCGAUCACGGCGCCACGUGCGUGGUGAAGAACGACGAGCCGGUGUGCGAGUGCCUCGAGGCCUGCUCCCAGACGCCGGACCCCGUGUGCGGAUCCGACGGCCACGGCUACGGCAGCCCGUGCGAGAUGCGGGCGAUGAGCUGCGCCCUGCAGAAGGCCAUUCACAUCCGGCACAAGGGACCGUGCGAUGAAACUUGUGCCAACUGCUCCUUCGGGGCAAUCUGCGACGUCCAGAGCGGGCGCUGUGUGUGUCCGUCCGAGUGCGUCGAGUCCCAUCAGCCUGUGUGCGGCAGCGAUGGCACCACCUACAACAGCGAGUGUGAGCUGCAUGUUCGAGCCUGCAAAGAACAGAUGGACCUGCGAGUGGUCAGCCAAGGAGAGUGCAAAACAUGUGGCAACACAGUUUGUGCCUGGGGUGCCCGUUGUGUCGAGAAUAAGUGCGAGUGCCAGGAGUGCUCAGGCGAGGAGUCCUCCCCGGUGUGUGGUAGCGAUGGUAAUACCUACGACAACGAGUGUGAACUCCGGAGGUCCUCCUGCAUACAGAAGAGGAAAAUUGAUGUGGCGCAGCCCGGCAGCUGUGAUGAAGGUCUGCGGCUCAGACGGACAAACCUACAACAACGAGUGUUCGCUAAAGAGCGCCAGGUGUUUGGCUAAAAAGCACCUGGAGGUUCAAAGUGUGGGACCCUGUUCAGCCUCAUCAUCGGUGUCUCCGACGGAGCUGAAAUCCGUCCAGCACUGCAGUUUGUCUUUGUACGGCUGCUGCUCCGACAACGUGACGGACGCUUUAGGAGUCGGGCAGGCUGGAUGUCCCAGUACGUGUCAGUGCAACGUCCACGGCUCCUACAAAGGCACAUGUGACCCCACCACAGGCCAGUGCUCCUGUAAGCCAGGAGUCGGCGGACAGAAGUGCGACCGCUGCGAGCCCGGCUUCUGGAACUUCCGAGCCAUCGUGACCGAAAACAUGAGCGGCUGCACACCGUGCAGCUGCGAUCAAACGGGCUCGGUCCGAGACGAUUGCGAGCAGAUGUCGGGUCUGUGCUCCUGCAAGACGGGCGUGAGGGGCUUGAAAUGCAACCUGUGCCCGGAUGGACGCAAGAUGGGCAUGAACGGCUGCGACAACGGACCUAACGCCCCAAAAUCCUGUAAAGAGUUGACUUGCAGUUUUGGAGCAUCUUGCAUUGAGGUGAGCGGCCAAGCCCACUGCGAGUGCCCGUUACCUGACUGCGAUAUCAUAAACAAAUCCAAGGUGUGCGGCUCAGAUGGGGUGACCUACGCCRACCAGUGCCAGCUGAAGACCAUAGCCUGUAGGCAGGACAAGGACAUUACAGUGAAACACUUAGGACAGUGCACAGAACCCAUCUCCGAAUCGGCAGACCGACCCACCCCCAACCCUCCCGCCUCCACCCCCAGCUCAACCGCCGCGGCCACCAUCAUCACCACCACCGCUGCCCCCUUCCACCCUAACAUGGUGUGGGCCAUCCCGCCUCCAAUGACGGCCACCUCGGAGUCCCUCCAGCAGCCUCAGACCACCACCACCACCUCCUCCACCCACAACCACCACCACCCCAUCCACAUCCAGCCUCGGCUGCUGCUGCCCAACGCCGCUGCCGUCAUCACCACCACCUUGCCCCCGCGCAGCGGCGCCGCCCCCACCGCUGCCGCCGCCCUGUUCGAGGGCUCGGGCAGCGGGGAGCCGAGCGGUGACGACCAGGCCGACGARGAGGAUCCCACGGAGGAUGUCAGUAGUGGCAACCCACCAGAAGCCAGUGGGGCAGACAAGACUGUUGGCUCCACGAUGCCAAGUGUCCCUCUGCCCACAGCGGAGGACAGGUCAUCCUGUGACAACACAGAGUUUGGCUGCUGUCCCGACGGCAAGACACCAUCCAGCACCCCCGAGGGUGCCAACUGUCCCCCCCUCCGUGCUAAAGUCAACUUUUGGGACGAUUCUGAAUCUGGUAACACUGCGACCAUGAAGUUCUCCGGCUUCCUGAACCUUGACCAGGUGGAAGGGCAGGAGAUUUUCCACACUCCUGAGAUGGACGACCAAAAAUCGGAGUUGUUUGGAGAGACGGCCCGCAGCAUAGAGAGCGCUCUAAACGAGUUGUUCAGGAAGUCGGCGGUGCACAGAGACUUUAUGGGCGUUCGCGUCCGCAACCUGAAACCAAGCCGCUCCAUCUUGGCAGUGGUGGAGGCCCACUUCAGACCAGAGACACGAUACACCGAGGAGGACAUCGUAGAGGCCCUGCUGAAACAGCUAAAGGCCUCCAAAGGCACCAGCAUCUCUGUGAAGAAGCCCGAGAACGAGAAUAUUGGCUUCACUAAUUAUGGCCUGUCCAGCGUCCCUCUCUUCACCACUACAACCACCACCACACCGGCCAUCACCACAGCUGCCCCCAUCACCACGACCAGGCUUCCGGCCACCUCCCCCUACGUCACCCGCCGCCCGCCGGGCACGACCCGCAGGCCGCUCAACAACAGGCGGACSACCACCACAGCGGCGCCGGUCACCACGCCGCGCCACGCCAUCACCACCACCACGCUGCCGCCGGCCACCACGACCGGUGGCGUUCGGAAAACGCCUCAGCAYAAGCCCGCCAAGCCCUGCGACUCCCACCCCUGUCUCCACGGGGGCACCUGUGAGGACGACGGCAGCGACUUCAGCUGCAAGUGUCCUUCUGGUCGAGGAGGGGCCGUGUGUGAGAAGGUGAUCAAAUACUUCAUCCCAUCAUUUGGUGGCCAGUCGUACUUGGCGUUCCAGACGAUGACCGCCUACCACACGGUCCGCAUCGCCAUGGAGUUCCGAGCGUCCGAGACCACCGGCCUCCUCCUCUACAACGGUCAGAUGAAGAAGAAGGACUUCAUCUCCCUGGCCCUGGUCAGCGGCCGGGUGGAGCUCAAGUUUAACACCGGAUCCGGCACAGGCACUUUGAUCAGCAAAGUUCAGAUCAGUCCGGGACGCUGGCAUCAGCUGGUGGUAACGCGCAACCGCAGAGCCGCCUUCCUCAGCGUCGACAACGAGUCCCAGGUCCAGGGUGUAAGUCCCCCAGGCACCGACGGCCUCAACCUCGACACCGAGCUGUUCAUCGGAGGCGUGACGGAGGAGCUGAAGCAGGAUGUGAGGGAACGGACAGGGGUCGCCUCAGGCCUGGUGGGCUGCAUCCGCAUGCUGGACGUCAACAACCGGAUGCUCAACCUUCAGGAGAGCGACGGCGACAGUGUUUUCGGCAGCGGGGUUGGCGAAUGCGGGAACAACCCCUGUCAGCCGAACCCCUGCAAGAACRGCGCAGAAUGCCAAGUGAAGGAGGCCGAGAUGUUCCACUGCAAGUGUCGCAGAGGAUUCUGGGGUCCAACAUGUGCUGACAUCCAUGACCCGUGCGUGCCGACCAAGUGCCACGUGACGUCUCAGUGCAGGGCGCUGCCCGAGGGAGGGUACAAAUGCGAGUGUCCCAUGGGACGGGAAGGAAGACACUGCGAGAGAGUGGUUGAGAGGAGAGGAGCUUACAUGCCUCAGUUCAGCGGAGACUCGUACCUCGAGCUGAAGGGGCUCCAUCUCUACGGCCAUGAUCUGCGUCAAAAAAUCAGCAUGACGGUGAUUCUCAUGGCCAACGAUUCCAACGGUUUGAUCUUCUACAACGGCCAAAAACUGGACGGAAAGGGAGAUUUCAUCUCUCUGUCUUUGAAUAACGGGAUUCUGGAGUUUCGCUACGACCUGGGGAAGGGACCGGCUACUAUCAGGAGUAAGGAACCCAUCCAGCUGAAYGUGUGGAACACCGUCAACCUGGAGCGUUCCCUCCGCAAAGGAGAGAUCAUGGUCAACAAGAAGGACCCUGUCCGAGGAGAAUCUCCCAAAUCACGCAAGAACAAGCACACAGAUCUCAAUCUGAAAGAGUCGCUCUUUGUUGGCGGAGCUCCUGAUUACAGCAAACUAGCACGAGUCGCUGCUCUCACAGAGGGAUUCAAGGGAACAAUCCAAAAGAUCAUGCUGAUGAGCACGCCCAUCCUCAGGGAGGAGAACGCCCUGAACUCCAGCAACGUCGCCAUGUUCCAGGGCCACCCGUGUUCUCGUGAGCCCUGCCUGAACGGCGGCCGCUGCAACCCUCAGCUGGAACGCUACGAGUGYUCCUGCCCGCCCGGUUUCUCGGGGGACAACUGUCAGAACACCAUCCAUGAGAAGUCRGCCGGGGAGACCGAGGCCAUCGCCUUUGACGGACGGACUUUCAUCGAGUACCACAACGCCGUCACCAGGAGCCAACUGACCAAUGAGAUCCCAGAUCCCGAGUCUCUGGAGAACCCGUCUGACCAAAGUGAAAAGGCUCUGCUGGUGAACAAAUUCGAGCUGAGCAUCCGGACCGAGGCCACGCAGGGCCUGCUGCUGUGGAGCGGGAAAGGCGUGGAGCGCUCCGACUACAUCGCCCUGGCCAUCGUGGACGGCCACGUCCAGAUGACGUACGACCUGGGCUCCAAGCCCGUGGUGCUGCGCUCCUCGGUGCGUGUCGACACCAACCGCUGGAUACGCAUCAAAGCCAGCAGAGCGCUCCGGGACGGCUCUCUGCAGGUUGGCAACGAGGCUGCUGUAACAGGGUCGUCACCGUUAGCAGCCACUCAGCUGGACACAGAUGGAGCACUCUGGUUAGGUGGUCUGGAGGAGCUGGCAGCGGCCCGCCGGUUGCCCAAGGCCUACAGCACCGGCUUUGUGGGCUGCAUCAAGGACGUGGUGGUGGACGGCGUGGACGUCCACCUGGUGGAGGACGCCUUAAACAGCCCGAAAAUCUUACACUGUUCCGCCUCCAUGUAAAGCAGGCAGAGACAAACUAAAACGUUGCGAGACCGAAAAAAAACAAACAACCCACCACCGAAACAAGAAACCCUCCCCGCUCCCGCCAUAAACCAUGUCUCCUGCUGUAAUUAUUUUCUAUUUUUGUAUACUUUUCUUUGUUUUUAUAUGGAAAAAUAUAUAUAUGUUCUAAUUUUGGUUAAUUAUUUUGCUCUUUUUUGUCCUUUUUUUUUAAAUCCGCCUCUACAUUUACAGUACAUUUAUGGCCCUUUUGUUUAAAGAUAAAKCUAUUUGUGGAGAAGAAUUUGUACWUUUUCAUUUAAAAGCAUCACCUUCCCUUUUUGUUUCGCUCAUGAGUUGAACGCGGCGGACCUCGCUAAUCAUCUCUGGUUGUUGCCUCGUCUUGGUGCCAUACCUACAUUCCCCACAAAGCAUGGCCUCUAAAUGUAAAGACAUACAUUCCCCCCCACCCCCCCACCAUGAAAGCCGGGACACUGCGUGUUUGCAGUUCUUCGAAAAACGCAAGCCAGCCGGCAUAAACUUUCAAGAAACCCACUAUAUUUUCCUAAUGAGACUUUUCAAAUAUCAGUCAAGCUGCUACAGUGAGUAAGUGCACUGUCAAAACCACUCGAUCAACCCCACAUCUCACAGCUUCUAAAUUAAAAACAAACAAAAAGAACAGAAAGGAAAAAAAACUCUCUCCAGUCGGUCCCAUCAGAGGCUUUAGUUUUGAAAGAUGACUCACUAACACUGCAACCUGACGUGACGGAGAGAAGAGCUCUGCUUUCCACAACGACUCUCAUAUCAUUAGUCAUCAGUCCAGAAAUGAAUCAUAGAUACUCAUAAAUGUUAUAAAUAUAGACUAUAUAAAUAAUACCUAAGACUGUGAAUAUGUAAGAUGAGUUCUGUUGUUUUUUGAUUUUUGUUUUUUUGGUUUUUUUCCGGAGCUAUUCUGUUCUACAAUCAGCAGAUGAACUGAUGUUGACCACUAUAAAUGCAUGCACUUCUGCAGUGUUGGUUUCAAAUCUGGUUCUUGGUUUUAUUUUCAUUUAGUUCCCCCAAAAAUGUUUUUCUUUUUCUAUUUUUAUUUCCUCCUUAUUCCUGAAAGUACAGAUUUUAAGAAAUAUGUUAUAGGAUUGUUGUUGUGUUUUUUUUUCCCCCCGCAGCAUUCUUUGCUUUGGUUUCUUUUUGUGCUGCAUUUUUUUCUCGGGAGCAGAUAGUUUUUAGAGCUGUUACCGUUUCUGACCUUAAGGAGGUGCUGAAAGCAAAGACUGAAGAACUGAAAGGACAGACAGAGAGGAAGCGAGGGGAGAGCUACUACACUUGGGGACGUCCUGCCCAACAACAACAACAACAACCACAAUCAGUUUGUCGACACAGAAGACAAAAACAAAAAAAAAAGACUUUAAUUCUUUUUAUUUUAUUUUUUUAAUCUUAAAGGAACAUUCCUGGAGGAACACUUUUUGUUUUUCGGCUGUAGAAUGAGAAACAGAAUGAUGAUGAGAAAGAGAGAGUGGUGUGUUCUUGUGACUUUUUGAAGCCAUAACAGCCACAAAAACUGAGAAAAAGAUCACAAUAAACCCGACGGUCCUUGCGAGUUAACACAGCAGUGCAUGGGUUUGUGUAACAAGUGCAGAUUCUGUAACUUUCCACGGACUGUUGCAACGCGACGUCKUUGCUGAGCGCAAUAAACUGAGACGACGCCCGUUUUGAUAUGAGAACCUUGGCAAUAUAAUAAGAAAAAUCAUGCCUGUUCGUGGCUGAGUAUCAAAUGGUCUUGUACUUUUUUUUAUUAGUAUUCAUAAAUUCUUAAUUAUGUUUCCCUCCUUAAAUCAUAGUUUUUUUUUGUUUUUGUUUUGUACAGCCCUGCGAUUUUAAAGUGUAAAUUUAGCAAAUGUGUGAUCUGUGGAGGUUUCUGUUUUUAGUAAUAUACACUGGAGUCACGUCUGACUUGUCUGUUCACCCAUAAAAUGAUAUUCUUCUGUACAUGAGGGGGGAAUUUACCUUAAAGCUAUAAUUAUGUGUGUAUUCAAGCUCCAGACUGGGAAACUCUUUCUGGUGUCCUAAGAUGCUUUUAAAUUCACUCUUAGUUUUGAUUUUUUUAAACAAACUAUUUUUUUAUAUAUUCAACCAAGCUGGGUUGUAAUUGGACACAGCAGCACGUGGCUUUGUUGGAAACUGAAUUGCCUUAAACACCUGUUCACCUGAGCAGGUCAUAAAGACGUCAUCCAUGUAACCGUUUCCUUACUUUAGCCGGUGUAUUAGCCUCAUCCCAAUAAUGUAAAAAAAAAAAACAAAUGAGUAAUACAUAAAAAUAACAAUAUUAGUAAUAAUCCCCAKACGUAAGGGAGAAGAAAAAUAGAAAGCAUUCCGGAGGGCUUCUACAAAGGUCCCUUUUGGAUUUUCACAAAAAAAAGAAUAAGAAAAAAAUCUAUUUACUGUUUUUAAAUUUGUUUUUGUUUCUUAUUUAUGUCUACAUGUGGAUAAUCCUCCAUGUCUGACCUCUGUAAACUACURUCUGACUGCACAGACCUCGUCAAAGGGCCAGUGCGCCGAGUAAAGAGUGGCAUGACCUGAACAUUACUAACUUUAUGACCUUUGUCUUGUGUUCCUACCACCAUGAAAUAAAACGUCAACCAAAUGGA